GCUGAACUCCCGGCCCCGUUUUGAGGAAUUCGGGUUUUUGGACGUGAUUUUUGGAAAAUUAGUUUUAAAAGUGCAUAAAGUAACACUUCUAUAUUAGCAAUGGUGGCCUAAACAUCUGAGCACGUAGGGUGUGUUCGCUCUUGGGACGGGUUCCUGCUAAUUAUAAUUAUGCCUGCUGCUAAUCAAUAGACGGUCGAUCAGCUGAUUGUUGGUACAAAAUAUGUGAUAACGAUAACCAGCAAGAGGGUUACAGUGAACGGCGUUACUUAAUAAGGUUCUUCGGGAGAAGAUGGUUCUGUGACAUUAUUCAUUAAUUAAAUACUGUGUAGAGUAAAUCGAAAAACACAUUUUGUGUGGUGCCGUGCGUAAGCAAACUUCAAUAAAAUGGCAGUAUCAAAGUUCAGUGAUGUCGACGAAUAUGGAUUCAAGCGUGAACCUGACUUCGAUUAUCAGUCGUACGAGAACAUCAUGUCCAGUUACCUGACGGUGCUAACGACACGCAGCAUGCGAUGGCAAAAGUUCGCCAAACAACCAGACCUGCUGAAGAACCAAAGUAAGCUGAAACGGUUUGUCCGAAAAGGCAUCCCUGGGCCGCUACGAGAGGAAGUGUGGAUGGCCACGUCCGGAGCGUUAAAGCUGCAACAGCAACAACCAACACUCUAUCAGAAGCUCCUGACUUACGAGUUUGACCAGGAAAUAUCCGAUCAAAUUAAGAUUGAUCUACCGCGUACCUUCCCGGACAACAUAUACUUCGAACAGUACAAACUAGGCCUCUACAACGUGUUGAUUGCGUUCGCUCAUGAGAAUCGCACAGUUGGGUACUGCCAAGGAUUAAACUACAUUGCCGGAUUACUGCUGAUUGUUACGAAAAACGAAGAAUCCACCUUUUGGUUGCUCAAAGUAGUUGUCGAGAACAUUGUGCCACUAUAUCACACGAAAACAAUGGAUAAUUUAAUCACCGAUAUAGACGUAAUGAGUGAGCUCAUCAAGCAGCGUGUCCCGGACGUUCAUAGACAUAUUUUCGAUUCUGGAUUAUCUUGGCCUGUGAUAGCCACUAAAUGGUUCAUUUGUCUGUACGCUGAGGUAGUACCAACGGAAACGGUGCUCCGCAUUUGGGAUUGUCUCUUUCUCGAAGGGAAUAAAAUACUGCUACGUGUGGGGCUAACGAUUGUAGUACGCCUGCGGCAGGAACUGCUCGCUACCGACGAUAUAGCGACACUGAUCGGGCUGUUUCGGUCACUAGAGAAACUACCCAUUCUGAUGGAUUGCCACGAGUUUAUGAAAAGUAUAUUUAAGGUGCCAGGAACCUUGCGCCGGUCGCAGUUGACUGCACUCCGACGUCAGCUGUACGACGAGCGAAUGGCUGGCAAACGGGACGGUUCCUAGGGGUUGGAGAGCUAUAUUCAGAAGAGAUACAGACUGAAUAUAGUGUAAAUCGACUAACAAACACGGAACAAGCAGUGGAGUGGAGAAUCGUGGCAACAGAGCAGCUAAAUUUGUGAUAAAGUGCACUGGUUUAAAGACUUUAUUACAGAUUUAUGACGUGGUUGCUUGCACGGUGUGAUAUUUGGUUGCUUGUAGGCGUUUUAUCUAUUAUCAAGUAUUAGUAUCCAACCAAAUCACGCAGUUAUAAGGCUGCUUGUUAAUUAUGCGAGAUUUUACUUACCUUUCUAUUAGUUAUCAUUUUUUAGUUUUACUAUUUUAGUUAAUUGGGUUAUUUAUUAUUUCUUCAUUUGUUAUGGCAUCUGAAGAGACAUUUUCAAAAAUGGCACCUUUAAUAAAAAAAAAAACAACUCUUGAGCGUUUAAAGUUGUUUAUGAAACGGGGCUACUAGUAAGCUAAUAAUCGAAAACAUUUAAUAAACGAAAUAACGCGUGGUGCUACGUGUUGAUGGCUACGAUGCUGGUCUUUACUGUUAUUUAGAUUAGACUUAAGGACUAUAGACGAAGUUUUCACUGCCACAUGCCGAUUUAGCGUUGAAGUAAAGGAAGAAAUUGUAAAUUGUAAACUCUCAGCGAACCAUACCUAAUAACCGACAUUUAUACACCACUGCCGAGAGUUUCAAUCGAAAAAGAAACUGUAUUUAAUAAGAGUUCCGCCCUUGGCGAAUCAUAUUCAACGCUUAAAUAGUGACAAUAUGUAGCGAAGCUUGUUGUAUUUCAUUCAUGGCGCAACUUGUGCUGCCAGGUUAUAUUUAAUAAAGAAUUCACAAAA